AACAAAAAACAGAUUCAAAAGAACUAUCAUCAAAUGCCACAAUAACAACAUCAUCAUCGUCCCCAGGUUCAACAUGCGUGGUCUGUGGCUCACCACCAGCGUGUCCAGUAUGUCCACAAGGAAAAAUAUGUGUUCUCGAUUUACCAACAUGUACAACAUGUCCAAUACCCCGAUGCGGCGACAUUAAAGUCGGCGUCAAUAGUUCAUUUGAUAAAGGCAGUAGCGGAAGUGGUUCGAAUAGCAACGCUCAGUUGAUUCCUGCAGUGAUUGGCGGUUUGCUUGGUGUUGUGGUGUUGGUUGCGGCUGGGAUCGGCUAUAUGCGGUAUAAACGGCGAAGAGGAGGCAAAUUCUUUUCCGAAAAAAUUGAUAGUUCCGAGAGUAGAGAAUGGGCAUCAACUGAUAGCGAGAACGUGAUACCAAUUGCAUAUAUUCCAACGCCAACCACACCUACCACACCUCGACCUGAACCUGCUCACGCGUAUCCACGAAAUCGUGCCUCGUACCUGAGCGUGGGAACAACACCACUUGCUACCCCUCUGGCAAGUCCAUUACCACGCACCUAUUCCAAUGAAAAACUUGUUAGUCUAUCGGAAGACGAUGAUGUAUUUUCGGAAGUUGGAACAGUAUUACAAGCCAAAAAAGCCACACCGACUAGCGGAACUGCGGUUGUUACUGCCACACGUGCAAAACCGGCACUUGUUCGUCUUAACACCGUGAAGUCGAAUAGUCUGUCCGAUUUGAGAUCACAGGCUGGAAAUCACUUGGCGUCACCGGCCACACCAAAAACAGGAAACACUUUGUUGAGUGUGCGUUCGAAUAAGUCAUCAACGCCUAGCAGUCCGACCACUUUUCACUCGAUUUCGAUGCAUGACGACGAGGACGAUCUUCUUGGUGAUGAAGAUAAUGAGUUUGAUAAUAAUGACGACGAUACAAUAACCAUAUCAAAAAAUUCGACCAUGUUCUUACCGCGAAUCGAUAUCGAACGAUCUUCACUGGAAUCUUCUACAUCUCGUAAAAACAGCACAAAUAACAAUAACGAUAAUAACGAUUCUGCAAACAUUGCCUCUUCAAAUCUAGUUUCCCCGUUCCUUGAUCCAUUUGAGGGACGUCAGUCUUUUGGAUUAUUUGGUAGUGACGAAGUAGACAGUUCUAGCACGACGGCGACAUCAUCAACAAUAGGAGGCGUUGGCGGAGCUUCACCACAUCCUUUGGAAAGAGAGAGUGUGAUAAGUUCGGUUAGCUCGAACCCUCGAAGUACAAUGAUGUCUGACGAGGGAGAUGGUGAAAUCAUGAUAUUUUGGGGAGGCGAUGCGCAAAAUUUGUUUGAGAACGAUUCCUCUAGUAGAAACAAUGAUAAUAAUACGACGAGAUCAAGUGUAGUGUCGUCGACGUCGUCACCACGAUCGUCACCAAAUAAUGACACGAAAGAGCCUGGAACAACAUGA